CGGGCUAACAUUUUCCAACAAAAAAAAAAACGACAAUAAUUUCGCAUUUUUCAUUAAAGUUCUAUAAAACACUGCAUUGCUGCUUUAUAAAACACACGCAACAAAAAUGUCGUUCCUCCUCAAAGCGGCCGCAUCAUCACGACAACUCAUUUAUAAGGCACCUACACAACUGCAGCAGCUCCGCCACCUUAAUCUGCUGGAAUUCCAGAGCAAGGAUUUGCUCCAGAAAUAUGGCGUAGCCAUACAACAAUUCAAAGUGCUGGACAACUCGAAAAAUGAUGCGGAGACUGUCAAGACCUUUGAUUGUCCCGAAUAUGUGGUCAAGGCCCAGAUACUUGCUGGCGGCCGUGGUAAAGGUGUCUUCGAUUCUGGAUUCAAGGGAGGCGUACACAUAACCUCAAACAAGAACGAAGCUCUGUCGCUUAGCAGACAGAUGAUAGGCCACCGUUUGAUAACGAAACAGACACCAAAGUCGGGGAUUCUGGUAAACAAGGUGAUGUUGGCGCGCAGCGUGAACAUCACACGAGAAACGUAUCUGUGCAUCUUACUGGAUCGAGAACAUAAUGGACCAGUGCUGAUAGCUUCACCUGCCGGCGGAGUGGAUAUUGAAGCCGUAGCCGAGCAGACGCCAGAGAAAAUUAAGACUGUGCCACUGGAUAUUGGAAAACCCAUUCCGGAGGCCACGCUGCUAGAAGUCGCAAAGUUCCUCGAAUUCAAGGGGGAUGCUCUGAAGCGUUGUGCCGAUGAGGUUCAAAAAUUGUACACGCUUUUUAAGGCAGUGGAUGCGGUGCAGAUUGAAAUCAAUCCGCUUGCAGAAACGGACAACGGUGAGGUGAUCUCUGUGGAUGCCAAGCUGAAUUUUGACGAUAAUGCCCAGUUUCGUCAGAAGGAAAUCUUUGCCAUGGAUGUUAACGAGGAGGAGUCGGAUCCACGUGAAGUGGAGGCGGCAAAACAUAAUCUCAACUACGUGGCGAUGGACGGCAAUAUUGGCUGUCUCGUAAAUGGCGCCGGCUUAGCAAUGGCCACCAUGGAUAUCAUAAAGCUUAAUGGCGGGGAACCUGCAAACUUUCUGGAUGUUGGUGGCGGCGUCAAUGAGGAACAGGUGGCCAAAGCUUUCGAAAUACUCACAGCUGAUCCCAAGGUUAAGAGCAUACUCGUAAAUGUGUUUGGAGGCAUCGUCAAUUGUGCUACAGUUGCCAAUGGCAUUGUGUCCGCUUCAAAGAAGCUGCAGUUAAAUGUUCCUCUUGUGGUACGGCUGGAGGGCACAAAUGUGAUCAAGGCACGAGAGAUUCUACAAAAUUCCGGUUUGCCAAUACAAACUGCUAAAGAUUUGGAUGAUGCUGCGACUUUGGCGGUUGCGGCCCUCAAGUAAGACGAACAAGUACAUAAUUACGAACUUAUAUAUUUUAUAUGCAUUGUAUGCGCAUUUAAACAGUUCUUCCAAGUGAACGCAGGGCCUUUUGUCUUAAGUUUUAUUCAAUAUUAUAUACGCACAAUAUAUGUUGUUAAAUUUUAUACGUGAAACAA